CAAACGGUCUCACAAAUAGUAUCCAUUUUGGUUUCGUCUCUCCUAGCUAGCUCCAAGCAAAAAGAAAAAUGCGUCUCUCGUUGGCAUCCAGUUCCUUGAUCACACUGUUCUGUGCCCCAUGGGCGCUGGGAUUUGGUAGUCUCUCGACUCCACGCCGUUGUCCGCAUACGGCCCUCUCCAUGAGUGAUAGUUUGACGGCUGCCGAAGAAGCCGCGCUUCGUGCUGGUGCUGGAGCAGCGGCAUUAAGGCCAGUGCCACCACCCAAGUUAUUUGAAGACGAUUUGUUGAAUGAUAUGCAACAAUGUCUGCUCAAAUUGGAACGACGAGUCAAUGAUGGCCCCGGGGCGCUGUCCAUGUUGGAGGUGGAAGAAUUCGAGCAUGCCACGAAACGAAUUCUGCAAGAAAUGAAAUUGAACGAACACAACCGUCCCAAACCGGCUCCCGCAUUUCCAGAAGGACUUCCUACCGCUACCGGUAGUGUUGUGGAAGAUACCCCUGCUGUUGCUACUACCGGCAGUGUGGUCCCUGACCGACCAGAACCUGUUGUUGCCAAUACGGAUGAUAAUUACGCCAAUGGCAUUGAUAUCUCCAACGAUGAUGGACCGGCAUAUGACGGCACUGGUGGAAUGGGUCUUUCCAAGGGAACCGUCAACACCUACGUCAUUCCGGGAAUGGAUGAAAUGUCACCCGACGAGUACCAAAAGGCACUGCAAGCAUCCAUUAGCAACCGACAGGCCAAUCGUGUGGCCUCGGGAACCUAUGGAAAUCGAGGAUCCACAGACUACCUCAACAAUUUGUCUCAAGGAUCUUCUGGAACGGGAAUGGUCAAGAAGGAUUAA